AUGUCGAACGAAGAGCAGCUGCCUCAAGUGUCAGACAAUUUGAACCCCACGCCCACUGCCGGGUACAAGCCGGGUGAGAAGAAGUCCAUUCAAGAAUACGCCAAGCUCGAUGCUGAGGAUGAGAGCCUACGGCGCUGGAAGGAGAGCUUGGGUAUCAGUUCGUCAGCGAUGCAGGGAGCAUUGGAUCCAAAUGCACCUAAGCUUACUAUACACUCGUUGUAUCUGGAAAGUUCACAACUGCCGCAAGGCCGUGUAGGCAUCCAACUCGACCGCCCUGGUGAGUUGGAAGCAGCAGCCAAAACGCCUCUGCAAAUUACCGAGGGUAUUGAGUACUCUGUGGUGAUUGAAUUCACUGUUGGUCGCGAAGUUUUGUCGGGACUUAAGUACCUACAUGUCGUCAAGCGGUCCGGCAUGCCUGUUGACCGUAUGGAGGAAAUGAUCGGCUCAUAUCCCCCUCGCACUGAGCCUUACACGAAACGAUUUGCUCCCAAUACAGCACCGAGUGGUUUUCUCGCGAGAAGCGGCACAAAUACAGUGCGGAGUAGAAUCAUCGAUGAUGAUGGACAAACAUACGCGGACUUUACGUGGUCAUUCAAGAUACAUAUAUAUAUAGAUGACACACCGCCAGGCAUGACCUUUCAGUCUCUCUCUCUCUCUCUCUUCCUCUCUCAAUCUCGAUUUCGAACCAUAAAUGCCCUCACGUUCGAGUUGAUUGACGCUCCUCCAUGCGUUUCCUCGCUUGUAAAAUCAUUUGUGCUUUACGCUCUUGAAGGCUUUCCUGUCGAUCUUUUGCACUGGGCGACCACAUGGAUUGUGACGGCUUCUUUCCCUUGGACGUAUGAUUUUGAUCCUCUUGAAGACGAUGCUCUAGAUGGAACCGUGAAAUAA